UUUACUAGCAUGCAGCUGUGUAGGAGUCAGCGAGGCCUAAGUGCAGCUGAGGCGUGUUGGUGUGUGAUUGGACGGGUGCAGCUGAGGCGUGUUGGUGUGUGAUUGGAUGGGCCGCCCCUACAGAGAGAACCGCAGCGCUUAGAGGAAUGAAGGAUCUGUCAACUGCCACACUACUUGCAUACAUUAAGGCGUUCUACAACGAGACGUGGAUCCAGCGCUAUGGCAAGCCUGCUGGGCCAGAGGUGCUCACCCUGCUGUGGUCCGUCACCGUCUCCAUCUUCGCCAUCGGGGGGCUCGUAGGGGCGCUGGGGGCCUCUUUCCUCAUGAAGAUCCUUGGAAGGAAGGGAGCCCUGCUCCUGAACACCAGCUUGGCCCUGAUGGCCGCUGUGCUCCUGGCUCUGGGCGAGCGGGCAGGCUCCUUCGAGAUGCUCAUCCUGGGCCGUUUCGUUAUCGGCGUGGACUCAGGGAUCGGCCUCAGCGCCCUCCCCAUGUACCUGGGCGAGAUCUCCCCCAGGCAGAUCCGCGGCUUCAUCGGCCAGUUCAACUCGGUCUUCAUGUGCUUCGGGGUGUUCACAGGGCAGGUGCUUGGCCUGCCUGAAAUUCUGGGACAGGAGUCGCGCUGGAACUACUUGCUGGGAUUUGUGGCGCUGCCCGCCCUGCUGCAGCUCUGUGCCCUGCCUUUCCUGCCAGAGAGCCCCCGCUUCCUGCUCAUGGAGCGGAGGGACGAGGCCCGCGCCCGCGCAGCGUUCCAGGCCUUCCUGGGUAAGGAGGACGUGUCGGCGGAGCUGGAGGAGGUCCACGCUGAGGGGCGGGCCCAGACCACCAUGCGUGCCGCCUCGGUGGGCCAGCUGCUGCGGUGCCGUGCCGUGCGCUGGCAGGUGGUCACGGUCGUGGUGACCAUGGCCUGCUACCAGCUGUGCGGCCUGAACGCGAUCUGGUACUACACCAAUGGGAUCCUGCGGGAGGCGGGCUUUGCAGAGAACACGAUCCCUUACAUCACCCUGACCACAGGGGGUGUGGAGACCCUGGCGGCCAUCUGUUCGGGGCUCGUGAUCGAACGCAUUGGCCGGAGACCACUCCUCAUCUUUGGCUUCAGCUCCAUGGCCGCCUCUUUCAGCCUGCUCACCAUUUUCCUCAACCUCCAGGCCCGAGUGCCCUGGAUGGCGUACCUUAGCUUCGGCUGCAUCCUGGCCGUCAUCGCCUCCUUCUGUUCUGGCCCAGGUGGGAUCCCCUUCAUCCUCACGGGAGAGCUCUUUGAGCAGUCGUAUCGAUCUGCUGCCUUCAUGAUUGCUGGAACCGUUAACUGGCUGUCCAACUUCUCUGUGGGCCUGCUGUUUCCCUUCAUCCAGGAAGCCCUACAGACUUACUGCUUCCUCGUGUUCACCGUGUUCUGCCUUCUGGGAGCUGGCUACCUCUACUUCAUACUGCCUGAGACCAAAAACAAGACCUUCCUGGAGAUCAGCCAGAGCUUCUCCAAGAUCAACCGGGUGGACUGCAGCUCCCCGGAGACAGAGAUUGCGCUGUCCGUCAAACCGGGCGCCAAGGAUACGAUGGGUAUUAGGAAAAGCGAGGCUGUCGAGAUGGAGAGCUCCUUUUAACGGAAGGAUCAAUCUGAGCCUUAUUACAUGCCAACAGCACUAUGGCCUAUCCACCACUGAUGUCAGGAAGACUCUAUGGAGAAUCAACCCACAGAAGGUGGCCAGACCUGACAACAUACAGUACCUGGUUGGGUGUUCAUCAG